AUGAACAAUAUUCUGAGUACAGAAAAGUUGUGUGAGAUGUUGGAAGGAUCAAUAAGUGCGUCAAAAGAAAAAAGGACGGCAUGCGAAGAAUAUUUAAAGCAAGUUACCAAAGUAGAUGGAUAUAUACAUGUAAUUCUAAAUAUUGUUAAAAGUAUUAAUAUAAUAGAUGAUAAUAUUAGAGUAUCAGCUUCCAUUUUUUUAAAAAAUAGUAUUAAAAAUAAUUAUGAUGCACUUAAGAAAGAAGAUAUAUGCACUCUAACUAAAGACAUAUAUGAAAGUUUGUUAUACCUAGAAAUGAAAGAUAAACAAUUAUACACGCAGUUGUUUGAGAUAAUGAAAAUAUUAAUUCAUAAUUAUUUUUCUGAAAUAUUUCCUAUACUAGACCAUAUAUUAAACGAUAUAAAUCAACGAAAAGAUAUGAGAAAAUUAUAUGUAAGUUUAUAUUGUUUGAAAUUAAUUUUUAAAAAGUUAAAAAUUAAAAAAAAAGAAAAUAAUGAGUUAUAUACAGAAAUUUUAAAUAAAUAUUUUUAUCCUAUAAUAAAUUGCUUAUGUGAUUUAAGUUCACUUGACAUAAAUAAUAAUGAUGUCAGUGAAAUAUUAAGUAUUAUUUGUAAAAUAUAUUAUUAUGUAAAUGAUAGUUUUUUAAUUAAAGAAGUUAUUAUAUUAGAAUAUAUGGAUAACUAUUUUAGUUUAUUUGAUUUUAUUUUAAAAAAUGAAAUAGUCCUUACAAAUUAUGUGGAUGAUGAAAAUUAUAUGAAGAAAUUACCGCAGUUUAAAUGCAAACGAAAUGUUCUUGAUAUAAUAACUCGACUUUUUUCAAGAUAUGUAAAUACAAAUUACAACAAAUUUAACAGUGCCAUUACGGAAAAGUUUUGUGAUAACUUUUUAAAUAAAUGGUUAUGCCCCUUCUUUGAAGAUUUUAUUAUCAUACUUCAAAGGUAUCAUAAGAAUAAAAAAACAUUAACAGAUGAAUGUUUAGUCUAUAUAUUACAAGGCUUAUCAUAUGGAGUAGAAAAUGCAAUGAUAUAUAAAAAUUAUAUAAAAAACAAUUUCGACUUUUUAGUAAGAAACAUAAUAUUUCCACUACUAUGUUAUAAUGACGAAGAUAUUGAAAAAUUGCUUUAUGAUGAAUACGAUUACACAAUGAAUAUAUUUAACACUUACGUUGUAGAAGAUAAAAAAGUAAGUGCUACAUCGUUUAUAAAAGAUUUAACAAGAUAUAGAGGAGUAAAACAUAUAUCAGAUCUUUUCCUCUUAUGUGAAAAUAUUAUAACUACGUAUAAUCAAAAUUAUAAUAUUAUAUAUAGCACGAACAGUAGUACUAAUGACAUUACUGCUAUGCAUGCCGAGCCAAGCAGUGAUAUGUUAGAACAUCUACUACAUAACGAUUUUUGUAAAUAUAAAUAUGGAGCAUUAAAAAUACUGGAAUGCUUAUAUAGUAGGUUAUGUGAUAAAAAAAGAAAUAUGAACAUUGAACAUUUUUUAAAAACUUUUGUUGAAAAUGAUUUAAAUAGUCCCAAUUAUUUACUCUGUUAUCAAUCUAUUGUAACAUAUUGCUGUUUUAUAAAAAAGGUACAACAUUUUAAUGAUAUCAAUGGAUUGAUACAUAACUACGAAAUAGUGUUAAAUCAUAUGAGCAGCUCGAGUUUGUUCAUACGAGUAACAAGUGCGUCUUAUAUUAAAAAAUUCUUUAAAAUUAAAAAUGACUAUUUGAAAAAUGCAAUUAUUAAAACAAUACCUAUAUUAAUUGAACGCUUAUUAAAUGUUAUCAAGGAAGUCAAGUGCGAAUAUAUCGUUAUGACAUUAGAUAACUUAGCAUACAAUUUUAAGGAUCAUAUUACUCCGUAUGUAAACGAUGUGGUAAUAGCCUUGUGUACUAGUUUUGUAUUUUUAGUUAAUAAGAAAGAUAUAGAGGAAAAUCAAAACAAUUCAUUAGAAUCUAAUAUACGAUAUAACGGAACAACUAGUCCAUACAACAUGAUGAGUGAAAAUUCGUUAAUAAAACAAAAGUAUGGAUCAAAUAAUGACAAUAGCAAGAAUGAAAAGAAGAAAAAUGAAAAUGAUGACUUAGAUAUCAAUUCAGUUAUUUUGUCAAUAUUAACAGCUAUAUUAAGUCUUCUCGAUUCCGUGGAUGAAGGAAAUAAGGAACAGAUAUACAAAAAUACCAUAUCCUAUUUAUAUGUAGUAGUAGACGAAACGUUCAAAUCGCCCUCUAUCGAUUAUUUAGAGGAAGCCUUGUCCCUCUUAACUAACAUAACAUUCUACCUAGAUAUAGAUGAACAAGUGUAUAUGCGAUUUGAAAAAUUAUAUGAUAUAUUUUAUUUUAACACAGAUGAAAAUUUAAAAAUACAAGAACUGAACAUGAUUAGAAGCAAUCCACAGUUAAUACUAAGUACCGAAUUGAUUGUUACAGAUAAAAAUACAGAUGCAUAUUUUUAUGAUUUUAUAUUUGAUUUAUCCUUUUCUAUAGGAGUGUUUGACAAUAUUAUUUCUAAAGCGACUGAAUAUUUUAUUAACAUGUAUAGUGAAAGGUACUAUAUGAAAUAUAUACAUAUGAUAUAUAGAUUAGGUAUAUUUGCAUUACAUUCUAAAAUUGUCAAAAGUAGUUGUAAAUUAUUUUUUAUCCUAUUUGAAGCAACUGUUAAGAUAAGAGGAGUUGAUGAACUUAUCAUUCCUGUGUUAACUGCAUUUUCUAUGAAACUUUUUAAACAUGAUGAAAUAUAUACCAUGAAGAAUCAGUUGAAAAAAGAAUCCAUGGAAAAUAAUGAUGUUGAUGACAACAGUGUAUGUAGUGAAUUUGACGAAGACAUAUUAAGUAAAACAAGUAUUGAAUAUAUUAAAAAAUUAUUUUAUUCUAUUAUUAUAUACGAUGUAGAGAAAUUUUUUCUUUUUUUCAAUAAUAUGAAUAAAACUAAUUAUAUUUUAUUAUUUUUGUCUAAUUUAACCGAUGUAAAAAUUAACAGUACGAGGAAAUUGUAUAUACUAGCUAUGAGUACAAUCCUAGAUAACAUACAUAACACCUCCAUUAGUAGACACAUAAAUGAAGUUAACUCUUUUAUUUUGAAUUUAGUUAAUGUAGCAAAUGUAUAUUAUGAAAAUAAAAAUUCAAAAGAAUCAACUGAAAAAUCAUUUGAUUCAGAAACUGCAUCAGCUGAUGAAAAUAGUGAGGUAGACAUUGAUGAAAAUGAGGAUGCCACUAACGAAAAGGCUUUUAAGCUAAUUAAAACUAUAGAAGCUCUGGAAAAGAAAAAUGACUUAGGAAUUAAACUAAAGAACAAUGUUUCCCUUGAAAACUUAGACAGCGUUUCGAGGGAAAGCGAACACAUGAACACGUACAAUAAAAACAACGUGAAUAAUGACAACAUCGUGGAGAAUAAUGAUAAUUGUGAUGGUAAGAAAGGUCUUUAUAAUGACAAUAACAGCAGUGCGAAGAAUUUUAACAAACAAAUAGAAAGGCAUCUUAACGAAGAGGAGGAUGACCAAGAUGACGAUGAUGAUGAUGAUGAUGCUUACUACGAUUAUGACGACUGCUCAGACUACAGUAAUGAAGAUUAUAGAAAGGGAUUUUUUGACGAUAUUAACGCCCUUAAAAUUCUGUACGACACAACAGCAAACUUUUACAAUAAAUAUGAAAAUAUAUACAAUAACGAUAUAUUGGGUAAGAUUAAGUAUUUAGUGGACGCUGACCUGAGCACACAGCUACAGGAGCAGACAAACUGA